AUCAGAAGAUUCAACAACAGGAAGAUGGAUAACACCGCUGAACAUCCAAGGAUAUUGAUACCAGAACUAUGUAAACAAUUCUAUAGCUUGGGAUGGGUCACUGGUACAGGUGGAGGAAUCAGUAUAAAGCAUGACAAGGAAAUCUAUAUAGCAGCAUCAGGUGUACAGAAGGAGCGAAUAAUAGGUGAGGAUAUCUUUGUGAUGGACGAGAAUGAGAACGAGUUGUCUGCACCACCAUUGUACAAGAAUCUGAGACCUAGUCAGUGCACUCCAUUGUUCUUCAAUGCCUACCGUAUGAGAGGUGCUGGUGCUGUCAUCCAUACACACUCUCAGCAUGCAGUCAUGGUCACACUGCUCUACGACAAGGAGUUUGUCAUCACACAUCAAGAGAUGAUCAAGGGCAUCGUCAGAGGUCAUGGACCAGAUGCCAAGUAUCUGCAGUACCACGACCGAUUGGUCGUACCAAUCAUUGAGAACACGCCACACGAGAGAGAUCUCAAGCAGCGAAUGGCACGUGCCAUGGAGGCCUAUCCAGAGGCCUCGGCAGUGUUGGUGCGUAGACAUGGCGUCUAUGUAUGGGGUGCUGACUGGGUCAAGGCAAAGACCAUGACCGAGUGCUUUGACUAUCUCUUUGAGAUUGCUGUCAAGAUGAAGCAACAUGGAAUCAACCCAGCACUAGAACCAGUUCAGAAUAAAGAGUGUUGCUACGACUGCUAG